AUGGGCGAUCGCAGGCCUUCUCAGUUCCUGCGACACUUGCAAGCCCUAGCCAACUCAGCCAUCCCGGAGCAAUUGCUAAGAACACUGUGGAUGGGCAGACUACCAUCACAGCUUCAGGCAAUCUUAGCUACCAGAUCCGCGGAUAAGCUAGACGAAGUAGCAGAGCAGGCGGACAAAAUACACGAAGUUUCCUGCCGAGCAACGACCGUCGCCAGUAUUCAACCAGCGAACAUGGAGCAGCAAAUUCGGGAAUUAACGAAACAAGUGGCUAGCUUAAAAGGCCAACUCUCGCGUGCACACACGCAAAGAAAGGUGCGUGAACGCUCUCGAAGUCGCUCCAGGGAAAAGACAGAUGAGGAAGGCAAGUGCUUCUAUCACCGACGUUUUAAAGAAAAAGCCAAGAAGUGCACGCAGCCGUGUAACUUCAAAAAGGAAGCGGAAAACUAG